AUGCCAGACACACACGCAGUCCCGGUGUCUACGGCCGAGGAUGAGUCCAACUCGGUCUUCAGUCACGAAGACGGCGGGUCAAGUGGUGAUGAUGCAACUCAUCAGGACGGACCCGCCUCGUCCGGAAAGAAGAGGAAGAGAGAGCGAUAUCAGAAGACUUCGUGCGAGUUGUGCAAGGCACGCAAGGUAAAGUGCGACAGGGCAGAGCCCGCAUGCUCCUGGUGUGCACGGCACAACAGAACAUGUGUCUAUCUGGAGAGGCAGAAGCCGGGGAGUCGCGUCGGCUUCACGCUUGAGCUGGAGACCAAAGUCAACAGAGUGGACGCUCUCCUCCAGACUCUGUGGCGCCGGGUCGAGGACCACAUCGCGAAUGAUCACGGCGCACAGUCGCAGAUCCUAUCGCCCGCCGUCAGCAACCAUGCUUUGGUUCAAAUGGACGGGUUCGCUCAGGAUGCUCCUGGUCCAAGACCGCCUGGAACAUGCCGAGCAACGUCAAUCCAACAGCCCAGAGGCCCUGCCUUUUCGAGUCCUUCAUGGCAGGGCCGCGACGGCUCCGAGAACGCCCAGCCAAGUGCUCCGUCGGUAACGUCUGCUCCCAGUCAGUCGCUGCCAUCUGCUGGUGCCGAAUCACUCACGCCUCCAUCCCGACUGGAUAGCGGACGCUCCGGCUCGACCUCAUUGUCAGGGGGCACAGAUUUCCCCCCUCAAGAUAUCGUCUAUACGCUUGUUGAUCUUUACUUCAAGAAUUGCAAUACCUGGUGUCCAAUCCUUGACCGUAAGACGACGUUUGGUACUUUUUUUGGCUCGACUUCUCUGAGCGAAGUCGACAGGAUAUUGCUCCACGCAAUUGUAGCGACGACUCUGCGCUUUUUGAAGGAUGCCCGGCUGUCCUCAGCAAUGCGAUCUCACCAUUACGCCGUGUCAAAGCACAAGGUGAUGAUUUAUGCCAUGGAACAUGCCAGCAUAGAAGCUCAGCGAGCUUUAGUCAUCCUGGCUUUGGACGAGCUGGGAACAUCAAACGGCCCACGGGGUUGGAAUCUGCUGUCUGUUCUGGUGCAGAAUAUCAAGCAACUGGAUCUCUGUGAAGAGAGCAGCAUCUAUCUUUCUGCGGAUGCAGGGGAUGUACCGAGUACGGGGUCCAUCCGGAGAGUUGUCGUACCUCAGCCAGACUCCUGGAUAGAGGACGAGAGUCGUAGGCGGCUCUGCUGGGUGGUAUAUCUGCUCGAUCGAUAUGCGACAAUUGCCACAACCAAGUUCGAUUUCAUGCUAGAAGAAUUCAAGAUGAAGCGACUUCUUCCUUGCUCGUAUGACUUGUUUUCGAGAAACGUGCCGGUGGAAACGGGCUCGUUAAGAACGGAUGCCGACCAUCCGGGAUCGUCGGGGUACACUGUCAAUAAGCCAGAGAAUCUGGGUAGUUUCUCGUAUCACUGCCAAGUCCUCAAGAUUAUUAGCAAGAUUCACGAAUUUUUGAAAAGGCCCGUCAAUGUCACCUCUUCGGCUGAAAUGAGUGCGUGGCGCAACGCCUACCGGUCCCUGGAUUCAGCCCUGGACAACUGGCUCCAGAGCUUACCAAGCGAAUACAGCAGAAUCUCAGCUUUGUGCCACUCGGAUCCGGCCAGUCGGGUGGCCAACUGGUUUAUGCUGCAUAGUGCGUAUGUCACCGCCGUGGUGCGCUUGCACUCGUCUGCCGCGUAUCCGACCGUCCGAUCACAUAUAUUUGUGCCGUCGUAUUAUGCCAUGCAGAGAUGUCUAUCGGCGGUUCAAAGCUUGAGGGACAUCACACAAGACGUUUACGAGGCCAACGGUCUGGAUCUUGUCGGUCCCCCCUUUGCGUUUGCUCUGUGGAUUGCGGCUCGGCUGCUCAUUGUUCACGCCGCCACAGUUGGUUGUCCAGUAGAUCCCAAGAUUGACUUCUUCAUCGAUAUUCUCGGAUAUGUUGGCCAGUACUGGGAGGUUGCAAACACAUACGCCAGAAUCCUUGCAAGAGUUGUGCGAAGAGAGCGGCAAGGAGUCGCAAGCUUUGGUGGUAUGAGAAAGAGCGCUCAUAAUUUGGUGAACCUGACAGCUGCCACCCGCCAAACAGGACUAGACAAGACGUCGUCCCAUCCUGUCGCGCUGAAUGAGCUCGAUAAUAUCGACGUCUUUGAUUUCUUCAAUUUUCCGAAAAUCCUGAGCCUGGAAUCCACGAGCCAGAACGGUCAAACAGAAGUCUAUCAUGUCCAGGGACUGGUGAACAUGGGAAGUGAUGCAUCAAGAGAUGGAGCGGCGCCUGAUCCCGAGUCAGACUGGCUGGGGUAUUGA